AUGUCUUCCUCGCAGAGGAUGGUGUUGGUUCUUGGUGGCGCUGGUACUGUAGGUUCAGGGAUUGUGAAAAGUCUUCUGGAAAAAGGUACGUAAAAGAAUCUGAGAAUGAUCCAGACAGUAGAGGACACAUUGACCCUUGCAUAGCUGGGUAGACAGUAUAUAUUCCAGGGUAGGAGAAGAGGGAACAAGGAGUCCAGGGCUAUGUCGUAAGGUAGAAGAAUUUCAUCCUUUUAUCAUACACACUGUCUGACGCAGCAGCUUAUGUCUAUAAAUCACCAGUUUUCUCUUCUCUGCGUCCACCGUACAACGCUCCAGAACAUGUUGGUGCUUUAGUAUAAUAAUGGUGAAUGUUUUAUAAUUACACAGUAACAUAGGCUGUAAAAAAACUCAAAUGUGUCGAGCUGAAACUUUAGUGUGUCUCUGUUUCUGCUGUUGAUCAAAAAGAAGGCAAAAGAAAAAAAACACAACUUUGAAGAAAUGUCUAAUUAUUCCCCAGAAAAGGAAUUCUUUCUUGACUCCUUAAUGCCAGUCGGAUUUCUCCUCCGAUCAUCAAGCUGGCAAUUAAUAAGUGUCAUAUUCCCAAUACUUUGUUCCCAAAUAUGUUGUCCUCAUUAACUCUGAUUGUGAUUAAAAACCUUCUAAUGCUGUGCUUAAUCAGUUAUGGUCCUUCUUGUGACAGGGUUCCAUGUGGCGGUCAUUUCUCGGGACAAAGCACGACUGGAGAAGUUGAAGAGUUUUGUGCCUGCGUCAUGCAAGGAAAAGCUUCAUACCCUCGUUGGAGACGUGGGUGGGUGAGACACAAUGGCUUUGAAAUUAACCUGUAGCUGUGUAAUGGCCGUGGACUACAACUCUCACUACCCUCAGCCAGCCUUCCACGUGGCCACGCACACUGGGAGUCAUAGUCCAUGGCAUCUGUGUUUCUCUAUCAUUGGAAACAAGUCAUGUCUGUGUCGUCCAUUGUCAGUCCUGUCUGGGAUCGUCUGUGUGUGGGUGGGUGUUUAUACAUAUUUAUUUUCGCAUAUAUUUAAUUUUUAAAAGAUAUUUUUAUAAAAAUGUGAUGAAGUUCUGUAACGCUGGGAGUUUAUUAAUUAUCCAAGAAAGUCUCAUCAACGUUAUUGUACCUUUUUAAAGAAUUAUAUGAUAGUGGCACAUGUAAUCAUUUUGCAAAGCGAUUAAAGCAAUCAGGUUUUAAUUUUGUUUCAAAUUUUCAUAUGUUUUGUUUUUUUACUUGAUCUACAUUAUUAUUUCGCCAUCUGUUUUAAAUGUUGAGAUGGUAUAGAUUUUUUUUUUUACCCUGUUUCAAAUUAGCCAUUGUCACGUGGACAGUCUGUCUGUGUUUCAUGUCCUCGGGGCGUCUCUGCAUCUCAGUCUGACCUUUUGAACCUCUGUAUUUGGGUCGCGUAGGAUCUGAGGAGGGAGCGCAGGAGGCAGCAACCGCCCUGGUCAACCAGGUGGGGAAGGUGACCGACGUGGUAUCUUCUCUGGGAUUCAGCUGGUGGCAAGGAGGACCUCCACACACACAGUCACUACAAGAGCUGCAGAGGGUAUGGUAACAGUGGGAUUUGAUGCAAUAAUCCAGGGAUAGGCACCUUCAGCACUCCAGAUGUUGUGGAGUACAUCUCCUAUAAUGCACCUACAGCCAUAAUGCUGGCAAAACAUCAAGGGAGAUGUAGUCCACAACCAGGGCAGGCACUACCUGUUAGGCAGACUAGGCAGCCGCCUAGGGCACCCCUUGGGAAGGGGCGCCGCCAGGAGCGCCACCCCCCCCAUGCUGCAGCCGCCAGAGUGCUCUGUAGAGAGCCUCAGGCGGCUGCAGCUUUGCCAGGGCGGUGCGUCCAUGAGGGCGGACGGCCCAGGCGCAGCAUGAGGAGAGGGGCUGACAGGAGGGAAGCGCUCAGCGCUCCCUCCUGUCACUCCCUCACUGUAGUGUGGCCGAGCCCUCUAUUGGUCCGCAGGUACAGGGAGCAUCUGCUCUCCUGUACCCGGCCGGACUAACAGGAAGUACACACUGAUUGUGCACUUCCUGUUAGUCCGGCUGGGUACAGGAAACAAAAGCUCCCUAUACCCGCGGACCAAUAGAGGGCUCGGCCACGCUACAACAAUGGUAGGGAAGGGGGGAAUUGACAGGGAGGGUGAGAAAUUGACAGGGAGGGGGAUUGACAGGGAAGGGGGAAUUGACAAGGAGGGGGGAUUGACAGGGAAGAGGGGAAUUGACAGGGAAGGGGGAAAUUGACAGGAAAAGGGGGGUAUAAAUUGAAAGGGAGGGUGGGGGAAUAAAUUGUAGGGAAUAAAUUGAAAGGGGGUGGGGAAUACAUUGAAAGGGGGAGGGGAUAAAUUGACAGGGAGGGGGAUAAAUUGACAGGGAGGGGGGAUAAAUUGACAGGGGGGGAUAAAUUAACAGGGGGGAUAAAUAGACAGGGAGGGUGGGGAAUAAUUCCUUUCACACAUAUCAGGACAUCCCCCUACUCCACCCCCUGUGAACAAACUCAUUGGUGUAACAUGAAGGUGGACCCUGGGACCCAGACCUUGAGCUGUGUAAAGGGCCUUAAAAAAAUGGAGCUGCUUCCCGUUCUCCCAGAACAUUGAUUUUUGUGACCACAGUUACAAACAGCCUACGGUGAGCCUGUUCUACACCAGACCAGUGGCCCAGACUGCAGCUAGAGCCCAUUAUCAUCCUCAUCUGGUUGUAAGUAGGCAAUCUAGUAUAUUAUUCGUGGCACUAAUCUCUAGUCCCCAGAACCACUGCAGCUUAAUGUAGUGGUUCUGGUGUCCAUAGCCUGUCCCUGCAGGCCUUUUAAUGUAAACACGGCGGCACUGCAGCACUGGCGUUAGUUAACAUGGCAGAUCAUAUGGGUGGAGCAUUGUGAUGUCACAUGGGGGAGGGGAGGCGGGAAACUUUACUUUUGCCUAGGGCGGCAAAACUCCUUGCACCAGCCCUGUCCACAACUUCUGGAGUGUCGAAGGUUGCCUAACCUUGUAAUAAACCAUUGUAGAGCCAUGCUGACAUAUCUAGGGGUAAGCAAAACAAUACAUUGCUUAAAGUACACAUGUAAGUCUUGAUGUAUUGAAAAGUCUACUUAAGGUAGUAAAUAAAAUUUUAUUUAUAAAUUGUCCUAGCCAUUUCACCAGGAAGUGCCCCUAUCAAUAAGUAUCUUUAGCUAAAGAUUCCGUCUGAUCUGUUUACUCUAAGGCACAGAUCAGAAGACAUUUUGUAUCCACCAUGUUCCAGUCACCGUCCUACAAUGCAUUGCUGUCACACUGCCUUCCCGUCUGCAUUCUAAACUAUAAACCUGUCUGUUGACGACAUACAGAUCUGAACAGAAAAUAUUAGAUAAAAUCGUAAUUUGAGCCGUACAUUCUGGGUCACACGGUGUAUAAAUUCGUUUUCCCCUUUUGGCUUUUAAAAUCAGGUUUAGGUGCGUUUUAGCAUAUCUUUCAGCAGGUUCAGCUUUGUGCUUCCAAUAAGUGUAGCUGAAUCACAGAUGUAUGUCUAUCCUUAGUGUUUGUGUUGUUAUGUCUGCGUCUUGACACCUGGAUUGGAGAAAUCGUGACUUCAUCACAGCAAAUCCAACUACAAUAUAAGAGCCAUUCUGAAAAUUGUGUUUCAGGCACAUCUCCCUAAUUAAUAAACUUUGAAGCAGGUUCGUCCCAUGUUUUAGCAAAGUUCCAGGUGCAGCAGUGUGUUCUGCAGGUGUGGGGGACCUCCUGGCUUACCUUAUUAAUGAUGGACCUCCAGUAGGAAACAAUGCCAGGCCAGGAGCUGUUUAGAGUGUCUCUGGCUUAAAUUAAAAUGAUGCCCCUAAAUUAGACUUGUAGUGUCCCAUAGGACGUUACCUAUUUCCUUAUAGUAACAUAACAUUUCUGUGGGAAGUCUACUGAUAAAGCAAGAUGGCCCUUGCAGGGACGUACCUAGAGCAUUUGGCACCUAGGGCUAACCCUGUGUUUGGCACCCCUCUCUCCUCCCCCCAUUCCUCCCCUACACCUACAAUAUUUGUUAACUAUUUUCAUUUUUCAAGAUUGUAUAAAUGUGCAAAAUUGUAAACUACCCUGCUCCCUUUUACAAAACCCCUGUCCAGCCCCCUUCUACAAUACCCCUGCACCCCCCUUCCACAAAUCCCCUGCUCAGCUCUCCUUAUGCACCUGUCCCCUUUCUACAAACCCCUGCACCCCCCUUCCCCCCAAAAAACCUGCCUCUCCCUCUAAAUCCCAUGCUCAGUUCCUUACAAUAGAAUUAAUUUUUUACACAACAAUAUUAGCAACAGUCUUCAGAGUUCAGUCCCGAGCACAUAGUCACUCGCACACAGUCACACACACAGUUACAGGCAGACAGUCACAUACAGUUACUGGCAGACAGUCACACAAACAGUUACAGGCAGUCACACAUACAAUUACAGGCAGAGAGUCACAUGCACACAGUCACAGGCAGAUAGUCACACACACACACUCCAGAUGCAGACAGUCACAUGCAGAUAGCCUUAAUCAUGCGACUGCCUGUGUCGGCCGCACAGCUCACACAUCCUAAAGCCCCCACUCCCGCUUAGUACACCACUGGGUCCCUGCCUCAUGGGUACUCCUACAAAGAAUAGUGGCAGGAAGUCAGUAUUUUUUAAAUUAUUGCAUUUUGCACUCAGAACAUACUCAAAGACCAAGAGCGUGGCCAUGUGAUAUACAGCAGUAUAAUGCCACCACUGAAUUGUUCUGUUUCUAUUUCUCUAAGUAGCUUUAGUAAUAGUGGGGUUUACUGCUUGCUAUGUUCUCAUUCAAGAUUAGGAUGUUUCUAAUUAUCCCCCUCUCAGUUCAAUAUGAAGGGUUUCACUGCCAGAUCAGGCUCUAGGCUCCUUGUAGGCUUUAUAGUUAAGGGGUUAUGCCAACCACCAUGACAACUGCAGUGAUUUGAAGUGGUCAUGGUGGUGGGAGUCUUUGUGCAGCUUGAAACGCUGCACAUACAGAGGAAAAUGCACGUAACAUCAAUUCUGUGCAAAAACGAUAUGUGUUGUCAGCACCCACAUCAAGCUCGCAACAGAUGUAAUGAGCUUUUCCCUUGGAGGCAGCACGGCUGCAAGGUGAAGCCUUGCUCUCCCCUCCCUCCCAUCCACCUCCCUCCAUUGCUGUAUAUCUUUUUAUUUUUAAAUCUCCUUCCCCAUUUUGCUGACACAACGUGCGCGCAUGCACUCUGAGCUCCAAUCAAAGGCUUCCCGAUGAGAGCAUUUGAUUGGACCUCCUGAGGCCCUUGGUGAUGUCAGAUGGUGGUGUGGAGCUUUGCCUGGCACUGGAUAUCAGAUGAGCUAUUCCAUUUCUUUGCAGGUUUUAGUGGGUGGGAGAAGAGGGCCUAGCAAAUAAUUCCCAAUGCUAAAUUUACAGUAACAUUUACGUAAAAUGGGUUAGAGUACCCAUUGCGAUGUCUACUGCCUAAUGUGUUCUUCUUAAAGAACAGGCCGUCCCUGGAGGUGUAAGAAUGAGUGGAUCCUUUGGCAGACUGGCUCUGCUCCAGGGUCAGGCUGUCUCUAGUUCUUUCCAUGUCUGCUUUAUAAUAACAGUGUCCUGUCAUACAAGUCACACGCUUUCUCUCUCCCGUUAGGUUCUGGACACUCUCCUUCUAAGUACGUUCACAGCAUGGAAAGCUUUCUUUCCUCUGGUGAAGGACAAUCCGAAUGGAACGUACACAUUCAUCACAGGUAUAGUGCUUCACAAUAUAUAAAUUACUAUAGAAUGCUUAAAAUAAAUAAAAUGUUCACAUAAUUACAUUUUGCAUUUCUAGCAAAAUAUCAUGGGAGUUAUGGCUUUACAACAGCUGAAGACCAUUGUGUUGUCUGCUCUUGCUGUAGAACUUUGUAUCUCUCAUUCUAGGUUGAUUUUACUUUCUGGCCAACAAUCACGGUCACUGGGAGCACUCUUAACAUUUAUAGACUGUCAGGAAGGAGGUCUCCAGCUAGAGGCCCCAGUAACAAUGCACAUAAUAAGAAGUUCUUAUUCCAUUAUGUAUAUUGGACUGGAAAACAAUCCAACAAACCCCAUACUUCUCAUAUUGUCCCAGGUGGUGCCGGAGAACGUCUUUUGAUGCCUGGCACAGGAUUCCUGACCCUAGGUGCAGCUGGAGCGUUGGCAUUCUCCCAAGUGGUGCGUGAAGAGUAUCCGGAUGUCACCUGUAAAUUAAACGAGGUUUGUUCCAAAAAAAUGGGCGUUAUUAAAAUUUGUCAAUGGAGAAACUGAAUCAGAGAUGAAUCUCAGCUCUAGGUUACUCUAUAUGCAGUCUGAUAAAGCCUAGAUGUCAAUAAAAAUAUCAAAGGUGGGGAUCAUGAGCCAACACAGAACCAACAAACCAGCUGAGGUCACAACUACAAAAAGGUGACAAGAGGCAAAAUGGCAAGUCUGCACACCAGGCUGAGCGGGUCUGUGUAUGUAAAAUAAGGUGUCAAAGAUGUCCCAUGCCACACCCAGCCAUACACUAUUCUAGAUAAAAUUUUAGGAGUUCCAGCACUUUUAAGAAAAACAUUUUUUCCCCCUAUCCCAGGAGUGUUGAUAAUUAAAUCUGAUAAGUUUCUCACUUCAUUGAUUUAAAAAAACCCUCUGCAAUGAGCCUUUCUUAGAUUCAAAGUGCUGGAUCUACUUGUUGUUGGAUAUAGUUAUAUUAAUAAGACUGGCUCCUAUGUCUAUAUUAUCAGACGAUUAAUACUUCUGCUGUGGACAGUGUCUUGCACUUUAAUACAAGCAGGGUACAUCUUAUGGGUGACUAGACCACAGCUAGAAAUGUAUCUUGCUUCUCUUUAAAUGGAGCAUAGGAGUGAUAGCACAUACACAAGUUAGGAAUGUGAUCCCUACCGAACCUUCUAGCAUCUGGCUAGAAAGCCUACACUAUUUGCUUGAUACACUGCAGACGUCAGGCAUGGACCGCAUUCUUUGUAUACACAGCUCUGAUAUUUAUACUCUCUCUCGUAUUGUACAUUCAGCUCAAGAUCAACAUGGGAGUAGCCACACCAGAGCGACUUGGUCCUGGGUACGUUAGCCACCUGGAAGUGGGGGAUGCUGUUUCAUCUCUGGUGGAGAAAAGACAGGUGUCCCAUACUGUACUGUGCGCCAACUCUACUGCCGACCUCAAGACACUUAUUUUGGAGGGAAAAUUGUGA